AUGGAGCUGGUAGCUGCACGAAUUGAAGAAUGGGAUGAAGAAAAACGCUACACUCAUUUUACUUCACCUCUGCGUCGGUAUCCUGAUAUUAUAGUGCACUGGACACUGGCUGCAGCCAUAGAGGCUGAGGAGUUGUACUUGAAUUAUCGAGGAUCUCUGCCAAAAGUUAGCAGGGGAGAGAAAGUAGCAAGAAGAUGUUUCACUUGUAUUCAUUUUGAUAGAGAUGCUGCGGAAUCCCUGGAAGGUAAGAAAGCACUGUCAGCUGCAGCAGUAAAGCAUGGAGUUCCCUGCUCUGAAUCACUUGCAGAUGUUGCUGCUUAUUGCAAUGAAAGAAAGCAGGCUAGCGGGCAUGUGAAGGAUGCCUGUGACAAGCUCUACAUGUGGGUCCUGCUAAAGAAAAAAAAGAUUUUAUUUUCAGAAGCAAGAGUAUUGGGUCUUGGGCCAAGAUUCAUGUCCAUUUAUAUUCAAAAGCUAGCUAUUGAGCGCCGGAUAUAUUAUGAUGAAGUAGAAGGCUUGACUGUAGAAUGGCUGGAGACUACUUCCACAUUGGUGCUUAGUUUAGCUAACAAACGCUCUUCUAGGAGAGGUGGCCCUGGUAAAUGGAGGGCACUUGAAGACAUUGCAUUUGUUGUAAGUCCAUGUGAUGUGAAAAUUGAACUGGGGGUGUUUGGAGGGAGUUCUAGUGAACAGGUAGGUGAUACUGGUGUUGCUGCUCAGGCUUCAGAGCCCAUUUGCAAAUCUGUCAUUUCAAAUACUGAAGUUGAUCCUGGAGUUUUCCCCCUCACAGUGCAUCUCCUUUCAACCAUUCCUGUAGUACUUCAUGCAGUAGGUGGGGAUGAUGAUCCCCUACAUAUUGGGGCAAGGCUUUACCUGAGCUCAUAUCUAAGGUAACUUGGGUGUUUGGUAGUGUCAAACUACUGCAACUGAAGGAGACUCUGUGGAGAUGAAGAUAACAGAGCUUUGUAUGGAAUGGGCAAGCUCUGUUGUAGAUAUGAAUUAGUGUAUAGUUCACAAGAGUUUUAGAAGAGAGAAAAAUUUGUGGUUUAAGUCUGGUGAUGCUCUAUGAAUCUAUGAUGCUAAAAUGGUGGCGUAGCUGUAGAUAAUGGUGGAGGUUUUCGUUGUGGCUUUUACUUAAGUGGUUUUUCUGUUUUUUUAACAGAUGCAGCUUGCUGGAAUAGGCCCUUGUUUUUGUAGGCCAGUUCCAUCCAAUAUUUUACUUGUUGAAAAUCUACCUUCAACUUGGGAUUUGAGCUUCGAAGCCAAAUUCAUGCUGUAUUUUUCUCCUUCUGACUGCAGCCCAAUAUAUUUUUUGAUUUUGGGUGGUCGGAUCUAGUAACUUCAAUUUGGUAUGUUAUUGCCUUUAUUGUAUUUUGAACUGUUAAAACUGGGUGACUGGCAGUAGCUCCCUGUCAGAAUAAUGUGUUGUCUUUUUUCCCUAGGUGAAAACUUGAACUGGAACUGUAAUCAUCUUUUGAAGUGCUGCUUGGCUUGUAUUUCAGCUCAAGCGUGCAGCAGCACAUAGAUCUCUUAUUAAUGGAUAUUUUUUGUUGGGUAUUAA